CAGUUGGUCCCUGGCUUUUAGCAUGUAGGCUGCCCAGCUUCAGUCUUCUUAUGCUUGAAAUUCAGGAGAAGCAGCUAGUAUUAUGAUGCAAUUACUAGGGAGCACCGUCCGAGACUGAGAAAACUCUGCUGUUGAUCCACAAAAAAAUAAAAAAUAAAAAGAAGGGGAAGAAGAAGAAGAAUAAUGCUAUUUGAUUGACAGUCCCGGGGCCAAAGUCUCAUAAGGUGCUUCAAGUCAAUUCUAUUUGAAGAGGAAGCAACUGCGAUCCAAAAUAUAACAUUUGAGAUCUUUCUUUGGAAUGACGAUCAAAAUCAAAGAACUGUUAUCGUGAAGUGGUUACGUCAUCAGAACAUACAAUGCGAAAAGAAAUUUUCUUGCUAAAUUAUAACUUAUAGUUUCAGUUCUGCGAUAACUGGAUAUACGUUCUCACAACCAUUCAAUCAUCAUGAACAACUUAUAGGUGAGGAAGUCAUGGAUCCUGCAGGUAAAGCAGGUCGUUUGAAUUCGAGAAUCCGAAGACAGCGUAGUCACGAAUGGAAAGACUAUGGAAGCUCCUCUGAGAAUGACGACGAUCUUGAAACCUACCGAUACGACGAGUCAUCCAGGAACAGUCAAGAUAUCAGAAAAGGAGAUUCAGGAGGGCACAGUUCUUCCACAUCCGGCAAGGGCAGUUCCAAUCAAUUCUCUGCUUACAACUCCCUCCCCAGAUCAGGACAUGGAGUUCCACACCAAGGGAGUGCGGGGCCCAAAAGUGAAGUGGAAGUCGUCAACAACCCUAUCGUCAAACAGCAAGUAGUACCCCUUCAAAGAGACGGGAGCACACGAGGACGCAUGUACCUGUCACUUCAUCGGGGACCUUCGUCAUCGUCAACGUCGGACAAUAAUUCCGACGCCACUUAUACUGAUUCAGAACCCAUCACGAGGAGAUCUCGAGGCAAUCCGUCUUUAGAAGGGCAAAACAUGUUCCACGAAAGCCCCCCGGAACCUGCUCCGGCAUCCACGUUACCAGGGCGCAAUAUUCCUCCUGUUCUUCAUUUAGAUGGCCUAGGCAGGCGUCCUAGACUAGGUUACUUAGAGAGUGAAUGCGAGUCUGAACCUCCUUAUCUGCCAACUAUGCUGACUGCAGGCAUAUCAUCGAUGUACCCGUCCCAAGACGUAAGUCUGGAUGACAAAGUGACGCCUCUCAUUGAAUCGAAUUCAGGCCUUGAAAUCAAUAGCAACGCUCAAGAUCACAGAAACAAGCUUAGUGUAGACGAUAAUGAAAGGAUUUACAGUCAACCACAACAAGUACAACUUUCGAAAUCUGAAGAGCAGAAAAGCUCCUCAAUUGGCAAUGGAAUGAAUAACCCAUCUUCACAAUCUCAUCACAACAAUGCUGGCAAUCCACUUACUUAUUCUUCAGGAGGAACUGGGGGACCUACUUACAGCAAUCCUCUUCCUGUGUACUGCAGUACCCCCAGUUCUACUACAGGACCUAUGGUUCCAAUCACCAAUUGCGUCAACCCACAGCUCAUUCAGCCCUCCACUGCACCAGGGCCUACGAGACCUCCUUUUACAUCUUCCUCCAAAUUCGCUUCCUCAGCCAUCAACAAUUCCAGACUCCAUUUCCAAAAGACCUGCGUUCACAAGUGUUCCUGGAAAAUGGCCACAAUAAUACUCAUAUUCCUUACAAUGUUACUCAUUGCCUUUGUUACUUAUUUUGCAGCAACAAGUUCCAUGAGCUCUUCCGAAUCCAAUAAACCUUGUAUUGUUGUCGAAGAGAGAGGCACAGCAGAUAGUUAUACUAGAACCACAGCUUCAACCCCGAGUAGAAUUUCUGUUCCAGUCUCGCCGAGUCAACGUGUCUGCUUUUUGAGCCCUACUGAAGUGUCCUUCUACAAGAAGAUCGAGCUCGGGAUAAUCCUUAGUCGUCAUCUGGCUUCCCAUGAAUCCUGGAACUUGCUUUUCAUUCAUUCAGAUGCGUCGUUUGUCAAAUUCAACUUCUCAGUUCCUCACAGCGCCCGAAUGGCUUUACUUGCAAGAAGGAAUGAACCUCCUUCCAUCACGGCUUACGAUAUCAUGGAAGUAAUUGCAGACCACCACAGACUUUACAGAAGAACGACGGCAAUGCAACUAGAAGAAAUCAACUUUCUUCAUUACCUGGAAGCUGGAACUUGGUACUUGACAAUUAUUAAUGACGAUAACAAAUCUGUCUUUGUGGUAUUCACUCCAAACAUCACAAGAGAAAUUCCACUCACUUGUCCUAAUGCUUGUCAUGAUCAUGGGAAUUGCCAUUUGGGAAAAUGCCACUGCUUUCCUGGUUACAUCGGACCGGAUUGUGCUGACAGUGUUUGUCCUGUGCUGUGUAGUGGUCAUGGACGUUACAUUCAUGGAUCGUGCCGCUGUGAGUCUGGGUGGAAAGGAGCCGAGUGCAAUGUAGAGACAACAGACUGCGAAUUAGCGGAUUGCAAUGGAAGAGGCAAAUGUGCUGAUGGAAUGUGCGUGUGCAAUGUGGGUUACAAAGGAGAUUUCUGUGAGCAAGUGGAUUGCCUCGACUCAACUUGUUCUGGUCAUGGUGCUUGCGUUCAAGGAGAAUGCUGGUGCAAAAUUGGCUGGCGAGGAAUCAAUUGCAGCGAAGCGGACGGUAGACUGAGUCGUUGCUUUCCCGACUGCUCAUCUCAUGGUGUCUUUGAUCUGGACACGGAACAGUGCAUUUGUUUUGAUCACUGGACAGGAGUAGACUGCUCAAAAGCUAAAUGUAGUCUUGAUUGCGGAAUCCAUGGACGUUGCGAAGAAGGACGUUGUCACUGUGACCAGGGGUGGACAGGUCAUAGGUGUGACUUGCGUACAUGUGACCCGCGUUGCCUGGAGCAUGGUCAGUGUAACAACGGAACCUGUGUCUGCAUUCAGGGCUGGAUGGGACGACACUGUACUCUAGACGGUUGUCCCCAAAGUUGCAGUGACCACGGUCAAUGUUCCAAAGAAGGGAACAUUUGGACUUGCAGAUGCCAUGAGGGAUGGGGAGGUCAUGAUUGUAGUGUUCCGCAGGAGACGAAGUGUGAUGAUGAAAUCGACAAUGACGCAGAUGGUCUAAUUGAUUGCGCCGAUAGUGAGUGUUGCUAUAAAGGUCAGUGUCAAGACAGUCUGAUGUGUAUGUCUUCUCCGGAUCCUCUGGACAUUCUCCUGAGGAAGCAGCCUCCAGCUGUUACAGCUUCUUUUUACCAGAAAAUGAAGUUUUUGAUAGAAGAACAGAGUGUCCAGAGCUACGCUCAUAAAGAUGAAUAUUCGGAAAGCCAGUUCUGGAGUGCCUUCGUCAAGAGCCGGGUUUCAGUUAUCAGGGGACGAGUGGUCAGUCGAGAAGGCAACGGACUUAUCGGUAUACGAGUCAGUGUUGCUACUGACCCUCAAUUCGGAUUUACUCUGACUAGAAGUGAUGGGUGGUUUGACAUCUUAGUCAAUGGUGGAGGUGCAGUAACUUUACAGUUCCAGCGCAAUCCUUUUCAUCCGAUCAAGCGUACGGUAAUGGUUCCGUGGAAUACAGUUAUGGUGAUGAGCCCUGUCGUAAUGUCCGCCACUGUGGAAACAGAAGUCCAGGAGGAUUUGUUGCAGCAACAGGCUCCUUGCAUGGAGCAUGACUAUGACGUGAUGAAGCCAAUUGUUUACCAAACAUGGAGAUCCGGAUCCCAAGGAGCAUGCACAGAGAACAGUGCCAUUAUGGCUGAGACGCAGGUACUGCAGGAAAGUUUCUCCAUCCCCGGAUCGGAUCUCCAUCUUGUAUAUCACAGCAGCCAUGCUCAAGGAUACCUUUCCACGAUUCAUUUGCAAUUGACGCCUUCUAUUAUUCCUGAGACUCUGCGACUUGUUCAUCUCCGAAUAGUUGUCGAGGGAUUUUUGGUGGAGAAAAUGUUUGAGGCUGAUCCUGACAUCAAGUACACGUUCGCAUGGAAUAAGAGAAAUGUCUAUAAGCAAAAAGUAUAUGGACUCACUACAGCUAGAGUUUACGUGGGAUAUAAAUACAGCAAAUGUGAUCGUGUGGUUUGGACAGUACAGGCAACAACUCUGAGGGGUUACGAUAUGGAUAUUUCCGAACUUGGAUCAUGGAACUUGGAUGUACAUCACAGAUACAAUUUUCACGAAGGUGUUUUGCAAAAGGGAGAUGGUGCUACCAUCUACUUUCGGCAACAACCGAGAGUUAUAUCUAUAUUGAUGGGUAAUAGCCAGCCGCGUCCAUUACUCUGCCCUGAUUGUAAUGGACUCGCCAGGGAUAAUAAACUGUUAUCUCCUGUUGCACUUGCCAGUGGACCGGAUGGCAGUGUAUAUGUCGGAGAUUUCAAUCUUGUACGUCGAAUUACACCCAAUGGCCAAGUGUACACAGUAUUCCGUAUGAAAACCUCCGAUGUCUCCAGUCAAUAUCACUUGACCCUCAGCCCCACCGAUGGUCAUUUGUACAUUUCAGCUCCUGAACAUCAUAAAAUUCUUCGAGUCCAUUCUCUGGACAAAGUGGAAGAUCCCGACUCGAAUUUCGAUGUAGUAGUUGGGAGUGGAAUCAGGUGUCUCCCAAGGGACAAAAAUAAUUGUGGAGAUGGAAAACCAGCUCUGGAGGCUUUACUUUCCUAUCCAAAAGGUAUGGCUGUAGCCGUGGACAAUACUUUGUAUUUUGCUGACGGAGCUAAUAUCCGAAUUGUUGAUAACCAAGGAAUCAUUCAUACUCUUAUCGGUGAUCAUCAUCAUAAGAAGCAGUGGAAACCAAUACCAUGUUCUGGAACCCUGAAAAUGGAAGAGGUUAAACUUCGCUGGCCAACAGAUUUAGCCAUUAAUCCUCUCGACGGAGCUCUCUAUUUCAUAGAUGAUCACAUGGUACUGAAACUGACCCACGACAAGAGAGUGAUGGCAGUAGCUGGGCAACCAGCUUAUUGUAAAUCUCCCAGCGCAGCUGCUCAAAAAUCCAGAAAGACAGGAGAUUCAGCCUUAGGAUCAUUGAUUAGUUUUACUUUCGGGCCAACUGGUGAACUUUACAUUGCUGAAGUGGAUAAAAACAAUGUCAACAGAGUUCGAAGAUUGACUCCAGAUGGUGAAUUGUUGCAUUUUGCUGGUAAGGAAGAUGGUUGCCUAUGCGAAUGGCUUAACUGUACGUGUGCUGUAGAAGAUGAAGGAUUUCUUGCAAUGGAUACUAAACUGUUCGCAGUUUCAUCUUUAACAGUCACAAGCGACGGAGUAGUCCAUAUAGCAGACCAAGGAAGCUUGAGAAUCCUAUCAGCUAUACCCUACUUACCGCAACCAGAUGAACAAUUCGAAUUCCAGAUUGCUUACCCCGACAAUCAUGAGGUGUAUGUAUUCAACAAAUAUGGGCAGCACUCAGUUACUCGAAGCAUACUGACAGGAAAAACAGUGUAUACAUUUUUAUAUAAUGUGAACACAAGUUUUGGCAAACUCAAUGCAGUUACAGAUGCAUCCGGUAAUAAAGUGUCAUUUCUUCGGGAUUCUGGUAAUAGCUUGCAUACUAUUGAAACAGCUAGAGGAACCAAAUGUCGGGUUCAAGUAACAAAACAAGGGCUACUAGAAACUAUUGUCGAUCCGGAUAAUUUAGAAAUUAAAUUUCAGUAUGAUACCAUGGGACUUUUGACCAGUCGUUCAGAUGCCGCCGGUCGAUCUUUCUUUUACGUGUAUGAUGAGAAUGGACGAUUGACUGAUGUUGUCAAACCAAGUGGGCAAGUGACCAAACUGUCUUUCGAUUUGAGUUCGGAAGGAGCCUCAGUCUUCUCGCACGAUGAAAAGAAGGAUAGCCAGCUAGUCGUAACAGUGAAAGGAACUUCCGUUAUCUCAACCCAAAAUGGCGUUUACAUCCAAGCCACUUUGCAUCAAGAUGGCACGAUUGAAGUGGAAACUCCAUGGCAAGUAGGACUCGUUUGGGAACCGGCUUCUCAUUACGUCUUGCAAGAAAUGCUCCCUGUUCAAGCUGGGAUGUUCCCCUUGCCAGUUCGCCAAACUACUUACGUGGGAUUGGAGCCAGCCAAUGUCAUAGAAUGGCGCUACGAUGUGAAAUACAAUAGAAAAGAAAGAUCGAGGGUGGAAAGAAGUAUUUCAGCUGUUGAGAGGGUGUUGAUGGCUAAUGACAUUCAGUAUCUCACUAUGGAAUAUGACUGGGUUGCAGCUCGUGAAAUUCUGUACAAUAGCUCUCGACGACCAUUUUUAGUCAUCCAGUAUGACAGUUUCACCAGGCCUAUUCAAUGGUUACCAACCGAAACUCGUCUGCCCUUAAAUGUAAUGUACGACAGACUAGGCAGAUUAUCUGGAUGGCAACAAGGUCCUUUGUCUGAGAACUAUGGCUACGAUCGCAUGAGUCAUCUUGCUGAAAUCAAGUAUCCAGAAGGCUCAGCAAUGAGAUUUAAUUAUGAUGGGAAAACUAUGCCUAGUAAGCUUGUGCUGCCUAGUGGACGACGUUUCACUUCCCAUUAUGAUUCGAAUGGAGGGCUGAAGUUUGUGACGACUCCCAAAGGCACACGCCACUCUUUCUUAACUCUCAUUUCGAUUGGAUUUUACAAAUUUUUCUACAUACCGCCCGGCAACAUCGGUCCAUUUGUCAUCCAUUUCAAUGAUUUAAAACUUCCAAUUAUGAAGAUUUUUCCCGGAGAUCAAGGUCGUAUUCUUUACAGAUACAAUAAUCAAAGUUUACUCAGCGCCAUUGUUUUUGGGGGAGGAAAAAUUGAGAAAAACUAUAGUUCAUCUGGAUUUAUAUCUUCGGAGUCUUCAAGUACAUUAGAAAUUGACAUCAGGAACGAAUACACGUAUGAUGGUGCUUUACUUGUAACAGCCAAAACUCAUUAUGUGAGUCAGUUUCACCUGACAAAUGCUAUUGUUCAUUAUCAAUAUGACAAAUUUUUUCGCAUCAAAAGUAUUUUAUUUCGAAUCGGGAGUCUUCAGUUAUCUGCCAUUGAGUACAGGUAUAACUCGAAAACUGGAAGAAAAGAGCAAAUUGGAGAUUUCAAGUUAUUCGAAAAAAGUUUUAAUGAAACAGUAUUAUCUGAUAGCACUGCUUCUAUCAGCAGACAGUUUGAUGCUUUGCAUCGAUUAAGAGAAGUGUCAUUAACUAUUAUUGAUAAAGAAGUUUUCCGAAUCAAUAUCCAGUAUGACAAUCGAAAUUUAGUGACCCAGUCCAAAAUGUAUAUGACACAUUUAGGAAAAUCCAAAAUUCGAUUCCAGAAUUUUUCAUAUGAUGCUGAUGGACAAUUGAUCGAAAUGGAUGGCAGAGAUCACUGGAAAUUUACCUAUGACCAAAAUGGGAAUCUGGUCACGAUGCAGUAUAUGGGAAAUCGAAUAGAUAUUCUUCACGAUGUUGGCGAUAGAAUCGUUAGCUUUAGUGACACUCCUUACGUAGUCGAUGGCCGUGGAUUCGUUAUUCAAAGAGGUGAAGAGAGCUUUGCUUAUAACACGAAAGGGCAGCUGACAAAAGCUUCGAGGAAUGGUCGAUAUGAUGUAGAAUAUUAUUACAACACACGAGGUAUGAUAGCUGUACGAAAAGACAAUUUUGGUAAUGUAACGCAGUUUUUUUAUGCCGAUUUAUCCAAUCCAGAUAAAGUGACUCAUAUCUAUAACAACAAUGAUGGCAAAACGACAUCAUUUCUUUAUGAUGACAGAGGAUUUCUCCUUUUUAUGCUGGUUAACAAAGAAACGUAUUACAUAGCAACAGAUCACAAUGGCAGUCCUUUACUUGUCUUUGACAGAAAAGGUGACAAUGUAAAGGAAGUUCACAGAGGACCUUACGGGCAUGUACUCUUUGAUUCAAAUCCACAUUUCUAUCUACCAAUCGACUUCCAGGGAGGUAUAUUGGAUCCUUUGACAGGGAUGCUUCACUUUGGAGAAAUGAUUUAUGAUUCAUUAGCAGGACAGUGGUUAACUCCAAAAUGGGAUGAAAUUCUUUAUCACAUCACAAGCCCUCAGCAUUUGCAUCUUUAUCGUUUCAAUAAGAAUGAUCCUAUUAAUAUUGACAAGAAAAUAAAGAAUAAAUUGGAUCUGACAGCAUGGAUUAAGAGCCAAGGAAUAGACAUCGACAGUUUAGACCUAGCUGCCAACUCUUUGUUCCAUCGAAUGCACGAGAAAGAAGCUAUGCCAUUAUUUUUAGAUAUGCCGUCUGUACCCCUGGUUUCAGGAUUUGCAUGUGCAAUUCGCCAGAAACUAGACAGUUUUGCUUCAUUAACAAGUGUCGCAAAACCAAAAGUUAAGCGAGAGCAAUUGUUUGAAACCAUCCUUCCCAAAAUCAGUACAAUGAGCGUUCCAUUCGGAUCUGGCAUCACAGUAUCUCGGAUCGGUGACCGAGCCCUAAUUCGAGCUUCUAACGAAGCCGAUAAUAUCCGAAGGGAUGUUUACACUUCUGUUUUUAACAAUUCUUAUCUGCUAGAUUUGCACUUAGUUAUGCAUGGGCAGGAUGUAUUCUAUUUUGUGAAAGAUAAAACUUGGAGAGUUGCUGAUGAUCUUAAUCAACUCCAGCGGUUAGGAACAGCUAUUAACACAACAGUCCAUGAAUCAAAACCAGAAGACCUCAAAGCAGAUAAUCAUGUUGAUGUUCGAGUUCAUUCUGAGCAUGCUAUUUUGAACAUCAGGUAUGGAACUAAUCCACACAAAGAGAGACAAAGACUUUUACGACAUGCCAAAAAACAUGCUGUUGGUCAACGGUGGACUCAGGAGCGGCAGAUCAUCCUCACUAGUCAAAGAGGGUCGCAGAAAUGGACGGAGAAAGAAAAAGAACAUAUUCUUACCACUAGUUCGGUACCUGGAUAUAGAGGAGACUAUUACCAUGAUAUUGAGCUCUAUCCUGAGUUGGCCGACGAUCCUGCUAACGUUGUUUUUCACAAGUCUAAUCAAAAACAAAGGUGACCAUUCAAUGCUAGCACUGACGAGGAGUUUCCAAAUAACAGUCUCCAAACAAUAAAUGGCAGAGGAGACAAAAAAUGAAAUGCAUCAUUGGAAAAAUCCUUAUCAAGAUUUGUAUGUGUUGUUUAAUAUGUGCAAUGCCCAUCCCUUUCUAAAUGGUAAGCACUGGUCAUUAUUUCUAACGAAAAACCGCAAUGGGGAAUGAAUGCGAUUUUACUACUUCUAAAAAUUGACCAGGUAUCUCUUAAAUGUUACCCCAUUCAAUGAAAAAUAAUUCAACCUGAUCGAAUUCAAAGCAUUUUUAAUGUUUAAUCCUCAAACUGAAGUACUCUUUUCUGCUUUGAACUAUUAUUUUUUAACUGUUUCCCAAUGCUUUCAGUUUGGACUGAUAGGAAUUAAGCGUUGAUAGUAAACUUAAUGUUUCUGUAAACAGUGCAUGGUAACGAACAAAAAAAUAUACUGUUAUGCAAAUCCGUUUACGUGAUCUCAAAUAUGAAUUCGGUUCCUCUGCCGAAAGACGAUCCUUAAUGUAUCAUCAAUUGUUGAAAAUAAAAAUGUGUGUGAUAUCGUU